AUGAAUACUCCCACCCUGAUUGACCUCCCCCCUCCCCCCUCGGACCCCGUCACUCCAUCGGAUAUGGGACCAGGCACCCCCAAUUCCGGUACUACAUCGCUCUCCGCGCUCUCGACAACAGCUAUCAAAGACGGCCACCAGGGCCAGCCAUUACCCCACGGCCGCCACACACACCAGUCUUCCACAUCCUCCACCAAUACCCUAGAGGCCGAGCGCGCAGACCGCAUCUCCCGCCUCGCAGGUCUCGAGCGCGUCGUCGCAUCCCGCGCCGGCGGCCCAACUUCCGCAGGCCAUGUGCCGCACCAGUUUACACCAGGAUACUUCGAAAGCCAAGCGCAGAAGGAGCGCAGCACGGUCGGCAGUGCCAGCGCGACGGGCAGCAUUGCCGGGCGCACGACCUGGGCGAGUGGCAGUGACGUCUACGAUGCUGACAAAAUGAGUGAGGAUCAUGAGGACGACGGCACUUCUAGCAUUGGAAAUAUCAGUGAUGAGGGGAAUGCUAGUCUGGUGGGGUUCGGCGAGGGUGCAAAUAGUACGAUCAGUGGACCGACUUCUCGUCCGGGGGGAUUGAACCGUAUCUCUUCGACAGGACCUGGUGCUCGACCUACUUCCUUCGGUUCGAAUGCCAACCGUCCUAACCCGCUGGCCUCUUAUUUACAGCAACAGCAGGACCAUGCUGGGGAGAGCUCGAUGAUGCCAGCUUCUCCAAGUCCGGCCGGUUCGAUGACCCCCGAACCGAUGAAUGAGGAUGCUCGCAUGGUUGAUGGGAUGACUUUUGAUCCAGAUAUCGUCGAUACUACUGCCAGAACCCCGAGACUGGUUACCCCGUCGGCUGGUAGCAAUGGAUUUGCCUCGCCAGGCCGGGACUAG